UGCGAAAAAAAUACAAGCAGUUGAUGUCUGAUUUACUUAAUAACGCAUUUCCCGUAAGGUUAUGCGCACGAUAAUCAAUGAUCGAUAUGUUCUGAAACAUCGUUCGUGUUCAGUCGCUGGCUGAUUGAUUACUUUGCAAAUUUUAAACCAAUUAAUCGAGCAAUUAGUUGAACAACGAUAGACUUGUCCGUGACGAAUAACUGCAACUAAAUAUAUAUUACUUCGGGUAUGUUGAGUAUAUCCUAAGAAACGAUCAACAUCAAGACCCGUGAAAAUCGUUCGUGAGAAUGGCCGAUGAAAUUGAAACGGUUCGUCUCGCCAACGAGGAUAUCGAAUGUCUGGAAGCAGAGAUAGACGGCGAUGAUGUAGAUGAAGAAGGUUCCGAUGGGGUUGUAGUUGCAGAGCUUCAGGGUACAUUAUCCAAAUGGACAAAUUAUAUACAUGGCUGGCAAACUAGAUUUAUUGUUCUCAAAGAUGGUACUUUAUCUUAUUACAAAUCUGAGCAGGACAGUGGAUUUGGAUGUCGUGGUUCGAUAAGUUUGUAUAAAGCUAACAUUAAGGCACACGAAUUCGAUGAAUGUAGAUUUGAUGUGUCUGUGAAUGAUUGCCUAGUAUGGUAUCUAAGAGCAAACUGUCCAGAAGAAAAACAGCGCUGGGUGGAUGUUUUAAAAUCGUAUAAGUCAGAGUCUGGUUAUGGAAGUGAAAACAGUCUGAAACGUCAUGGUAGUGCCAUUUCACUUGUGUCAAAUACACAGUCUGUUACAAGUGCAGGUAGCUUUACUAAACGUGGUGUUAGAGGAUUGAAAGAGAAGCUAGCAGAACUUGAAACCUUUAGGGAUAUUCUAAUCAAACAAAUUGAUACUCUACAAAAGUAUUUUGACAAUUGUGCAGAGAAUGCUAAGAAUAUUCCCACGAAAGAAAAUAAAGCUGAGACAAUGUUUGAUCCAGCUGAACAAGCAGUAGAUUUUAAGGGGGAAGCAAUAACAUUUAAAGCAACCAGUGAAGGUGUGUUAGCAACAUUGCAACAUUGUGUUGAAUUAAUGGUACAACGAGAAGACGCAUGGCGUCGUAGAUGGGAAAAAGAAGUUGAGAGAAAACGAAAAGUACAGGAACUUUACAAAGCUCUGAAAGAUCAAGUUGCAACGCAACAAACUGGUUCUCCAAGACCUAGGGUUCUUAUUCAUGGAGGUCCAGAUUAUGAGGAAGGUCCACAUAGUGCUCUCUGUGAUGAAGAGUUUUAUGAUGCAGUAGAGACUGGAUUAGAUAAAAUUGACGAGGAAAAUCAAUUGCGAGAUCGUUUGAAACAAAAGUCAGUUUCAAUUUUAACUACUCCUACCAUGUCAGCCGCCAAACACAGACUUUGGCCGGAGAUAGAGAAAAUAACAAUGCAACAAUUGCAUUAUGCACGACUUGGAGUAGGAGCUGGAGGAUGGCAAUUGUUUGCCGAAGACGGUGAUAUGCGAAUGUACAGACGUGAAGAAGAGGCGGAUGGUUUAGUGGUAGAUCCUCUGAAAGCAUGCCAUGUCGUAAAAGGAGUUACCGGUCAUGAAGUUUGCGAGAUAUUCUUCAGUCCUGAAUAUAGAACAGGAUGGGAAGCAACCCUUGAAGAUAUGACUGUAAUCGAAAACAUUUCCAAAGAUACUUUAGUAUUUCUACAAACACAUAAACGAAUUUGGCCAGCAAGUCAAAGAGACGCGCUAUUCUGGUCGCACAUGCGUAGAGUAUCUGAUGAUCAAGAUCCGGAUGGACAUGAUUUAUGGAUAGUUUGUAACCAUAGUACGGAACAUACUGAUUAUCCUCCUAACACGGGAAAAUGCGUAAGAGUUUAUCUAACUGUUUGUCUUGUGUGUCAAACCUUCAUUGAUCCUCCGAAAGAUGAAGAAGAAAUAAAAAGAGAUAAUAUCACGUGCAAAAUAACCUACUGUUCCGUUGUUAAUCCUGGUGGAUGGGCUCCAGCAGCUGUCUUACGUGCUGUUUACAAAAGGGAGUAUCCGAAGUUCCUUAAACGUUUUACUAGUUUUUGUAUUGAUCAAUGUAAAGAUAAACCAAUUACAUUUUAA